GGUCGUCGGAGGGACAGCCCCAGGCGAGCGUGCGAGUGCAGAGCAAGGCAGCCCGUGAGCCCGCACCCUGAGUCUUUUCUCGGUCGGGAGAUCGCACGGUGCUUUGCGGCUGCCGUCAAGCGCGGCGGAGGCCGGCCGGGCCGAGGGCGCCAUGGCGGCAGGCCUGCUGCCUAGCGCCGGGGCGUUGAUGGCGCCCCUGCUCUUGGGGCUCGCGCUGCUGAGCAUUGGGCCUGCCCCGGCGCGGGCUUUGCACAAUGUCACUGCCGAGCUCUUUGGGGCGGAGGCCUGGGGCACCCUGGCGGCCUUCGGGGACCUCAACUCCGACAAGCAAACGGACCUCUUCGUGCUGCGGGAAAGAAAUGAUUUGAUCGUCUUUUUAGCAGAUCAGAGUGCGCCCUAUUUUAAACCCAAGGUAAACAUAUCCUUGAGGAGUCACAGUGCAUUAGUAACAAGUGUAGUCCCUGGUGAUUAUGAUGGGGAUUCACAAAUGGAUGUCCUGCUCACAUAUUUCCCCCAGAAUCGUAGCAACAGUGAAUUAGGAGCUGUUAUCUUCUGGGGACAAAAUCAAACAUUAAAUACUAAAAACAUGACCAUACUCAAUAGGACUUUUCAAGACCAACCACUGAUUAUGGACUUCAAUGGUGAUCUAAUUCCUGAUGUAUUUGGUAUCACAAAUGAAUCCAGCCAGCCACAGAUACUAUUAGGAGGAAACUUAUCUUGGCAUCCUGCCUUGACCACUAAAAGUAAAAUGAGGAAUCCACAUUCUCAUGCAUUUAUUGAUCUGACCGAAGAUUUUACAGCAGAUUUAUUCCUUACGACAUUGUCUGCCUCUGAUACAUUCCAGUUUGAGAUAUGGGAAAAUUUGGGUGGAAACUUCUCUAUCAAUAGUGUCUUUGAAAAACCUAAAAACCUGGUGGUGGUUGGACAGUCAGCAUUCGCAGACUUUGAUGGAGAUGGACAUAUGGAUCACUUGCUGCCGGGCUGUGAAGAUAAAGACUGUCAGAAGAGUGCCAUAUACUUAAUGAGAUCUGGAACAGGGCAGUGGGUUCCUGUGCUUCAGGAUUUUAGCAACAAGGGUACACUCUGGGGCUUUGUGCCAUUUUUGCAUGAAGAAAAGCCAACUUCAAUACCAAUUCCAAUCACCCUUCACAUUGGAGACUACAAUAUGGAUGGCUACCCAGAUGCUCUUGCCAUAUUAAAGAAUACAUCUGGAAGCAAUCAGCAAGCCUUUUUACUGGAGAAUGUCCCGUGCAAUAAUGCGAGCUGUGAGGAAGUGCACCGGAUGUUUAAAGUCUACUGGGACCUAUCAGGCCUAAAUCUUAUCAAAGAUGCCAUGGUUGCCACCUUUUUUGAUAUCUAUGAAGACGGCAUCUUGGACAUUAUAGUACUCAGUAAAGGGUACACCAAGAAUGAUGCUGCCAUUCAUACACUUAAAAAUAACUUUGAAGCAGAUGCUUAUUUUGUAAAAGUCAUUGUUCUUAGUGGUCUAUGUUCUAAUGACUGUCCUCGAAAGAUAACACCCUUUGGAGUGAAUCAGCCUGGACCUUAUAUCAUGUACACAACAGUUGAUGCGAAUGGAUAUCUGAAAAACGGCUCAGCUGGACAGCUCAGCCAGUCAGCACACUUAGCUCUCCAACUACCUUACAAUGUACUUGGUUUAGGCCGAAGUGCCAACUUUCUAGACCAUCUUUUUGUUGGUAUUCCACGUCCAUCUGGAGAGAAGUCUAUAAGAAAACAAGAGUGGACAGCAAUUAUUCCAAAUUCCCAGCUGAUUGUCAUUCCGUAUCCUCACAAUGUCCCUCGAAGCUGGAGUGCCAAAUUGUAUCUUACACCGAGUAACAUUGUCCUGCUGACUGCAGUAGCCCUCAUUGGUGUCUGCAUUUUCAUCUUGGCAAUAAUUGCCAUUUUACAUUGGCAGGAAAAGAAAGCAGACGACAGAGAAAAACGACAGGAAGCCCAUCGGUUUCAUUUUGACGCUAUGUGACUUUGCUUUAAGUAUACAUAAUGGAACUCACUUGAUUAGUGAAAGACUACAUUUUGACUCAUAGUAAAAAAAAAUGGAUUUGAGAUAUUUAUAAAUUAUACCAUCUUAUCAAUUAUUGGAAAAUACUAAAAUAAAUAUGGCUUGGAUAUCUCAUAAAGUCUUUUUUAAGCACUUUGUAUGUAAUAAUUGGGGUUCUUUAUUCAGUAGUACUGAACAUUUCCGUUCCUUUAUGGGAUAGUUGCAUGGACUCUUGUGUGAUUGCACUUAUAAUCUUACUAGAAUAAUGAAGGUGGAAAGACAUGUAAAUAAUAAUAUUUAAAUGAGCUGGGGCAGAAGCACUGUUCCACCUGAAUUGAUCUUGCUUCUUAUCUUAAAAAAUACAAACUAUACUUUCAUAAAUAUAUGGCAAAUGAAGUUAUUAAACUAACAUUUAUCACAGAUCAGAGCUCUCAUGAAUGGCCUGGCUUUGGAUCACAGUAGGACAGACUGCCUCAGACACUUGGCUCUACAACUUAACAGUUAUUUGAAUUUGGCGAUUGCUUAGCCUCUCUGGAAGCCUCAGUUUUGUUUCUAUGGUGAGGUUAACUGGCCUGCUCACUUGAGUUAUCAUCAACAGUAAAUUGUGUGAUGUACAUGAUGUGCGUAGCUCAGUGCCUAAUUGUACAAUAAGUGUUCAUCAAGCAGCAGCCGUCAUUACUGCUGUUCAGGUGAUUUUAUUUGACUGCUAUAGAUAAUUAUCAAAAUAUAGAGAAUUGAUUGUUAUUUUAAACAUAAGGGCAUAUUCUUGGGAAACUUAAAUUAUUGGUGGUACAUAUCUUAUAAAAAAUUAUUUGUUCAACUAAUUGUUCUCCAUGAGUAAAUGUGUCCUUAAAUUGGUAUGUGAAUGCUAAUCCUUGUGCGAUAAUGAGAAGCAUUUUGUCUCUGGGAAGAAAGCUAACACAGGCGGAACCAGAAGUGCUCGUGCGCCAGGACAUUUCUGUCCUCGGGCUGGGAAGUCUCUCAUCUCUGUGCAGGCCUCAGAGUUUAUAUUGUGAACUUCGCAUUGCCACAGUUUACUUUAAAAUUAUUUAAAUCUAGAGGUCAGGAGACCGGUUAUAAGAUCAUUAUCACUGCUAACAGUGUUCUGAUUAUCAAGACAUGCUAUGGCUGUAAAAUAUAAAAAUUUCUGAGAAAGUUUUGUUCUUGUUAUUUGUGAAUGCAGGGUGUGCGUUCAUUUUUCUUUCUAUCUAAGCAUGUUAAUAUUUAUUAUCUUCUAAUAAAUAUUCCUUACUGAAUGAAAGCA